GUUACCAACCAAGUGAUUUUCAUCGGUCUGCAAAUAAAUUGAAACUUUAACUUAAAAAUGGGCGACACAACUACCGAAAUUCAACCCGAAGACAGUGCAAACAACAACGUACCAGCAGAACCGAAGUCGGAGGAAAAAGACGAUAAAUUAAACAAUGAACUAAAGAAAAGGCUACGAAGAUACAUAAAGAAAUUAGACGAAUCAGACACAAGCGUAACAAAAGAGGAGAGUGAGAAAAUAGAAAUUGAAACGUUCAAACAGCUGUACAAACCUCCAUUGGACGCCAAUCAAGAGUCUUACAACAAAAUACCUAAAUUCUACUUCAAACUACCCCGCAGUGACGAGGUACUCAAUCAGAAGCUUAGAGAGGAGACCAGAGCUCAGUUCUUGCAGAAGAAAAGUAAAGAAUUACUGGAUAAUAGUGAGUUGAAACAUCUGUGGGGGUUGAUUGAGAAAUCCAACGGUAGCUACAGUAUGGCGAACAACCACGAGCUGACUAUAGACUAUUUCCAGUUCAGGAAGAUUAGGGACGAGGCUGGACCUAAAUAUAGGCCAUACUUCACGGCAGAAGUGUUUGGUCGCUUGCAAGCGGCGGAGGGGGGUGUGGGGCGGGUGCGGGGGGUGUCUCUCUUCAACUACGUGAUGAGGAGGGUGUGGCUGCAGCAGACCAGGAUCGGUUUGUCCCUCUAUGACGUCACGGGGCAGGGAUAUCUCACUGAACAUGACCUGGAGAGCUACAUAGCAGAACUAGUGCCUUCCCUGGCGGCAUUGGACGGCCUGGACUCGUCGUUCAGCUCGUUCUACGUGUGCACGGCCGCGAGGAAGUUCCUGUUCUUCCUCGACCCGCUCAGGGUCGGCCGCGUGAGGAUCAGAGACGUGCUGUCGUGCUCCUUCCUCGAUGAUCUGUUAGAGCUUCGCGAAGAAGACCUUCCGAUGGAGCUCCAAGAGCAGAACUGGUUCAGCGCGGCGUCAGCGCUGCGGGUGUACGGGCAGUACCUCAAUCUGGACAGGGACCACAACGGAAUGCUGAGCAUUAAUGAAUUAGCCGGUUACGGCUCGGGCACCCUGACCCGCGCGUUUCUCCAGCGUGUGUUCCAACAGUGCCUCACGUACGACGGCGAGAUGGAUUACAAGACGUAUUUGGACUUAGUCCUGGCGCUGGAGAACAGGCGGCAGCCGGCGGCGCUGGCGUACCUGUUUCGUGUGCUCGAUAUCAAUUCCCAAGGAUAUUUGGACGCGUUCACUCUAAAUUAUUUUUUCAAGGCGAUACAAGAACAAAUGGUGGCCCACGGCGCCGAGCCGGUCAACUUUGAGGACGUGAAAGACGAAAUAUUCGACAUGAUCCGGCCCGUUCAUCCCGCGAGAAUAACUCUCAACGACCUUAUAAAAAGCGGUCACGGGCAUACGGCGGUGUCCAUAUUGUUGGAGUUGCACGGGUUUUGGGCGUAUGAGAAUAGAGAAGCUUUGGCGGCCGCGGACCACAGCGCUUGACCACUGGACCGGGGGGAGUUUGGGACCCUGAGGAGUAAGACUUUGAAAGAUGAUGUCAUUGCCAAGAUGAUAAAUUAGCGUGUGUCGGCAUACGUAUGAUAGAAUGUGGAGGAGUGUAAAUCUUGACCACUGGACCAAAGGGAGUUUGGAACUCUAAUGUGUUUGUGCAAGACGAAGUGAUAACAGAAAUGAUUAUUUAAAUUCACAAAAAAAUACCAUCUUUUAAUUGUAAAUCUUGACCACUGGACCAAAGGGAGUUUGGAACUCUAAUGUGUUUGUGCAAGACGAGGUGAUAACAGAAAUGAUUAUUAAAAUUCACAAAAAUGCCAUCUUUAAAUAGUAAAUCUUGACCACUGGACUAAAGGGAGUUAACGUAUAAAUGAAGAUGACACGUAUGCGUACAUACAUACAUAUAGUCACGUAUAUAUCCCUUGCGGGAUAGACAGACUCUUGAAAAGACUGAAAGGCCACGUUCAGCCUAUGUCUGUUUUAAUGAGAGUAUUAUUACAUGUGUGGGUGAUAAUGUUAAAACCCAGUUUAACUGGACCAAUGGGAGUUUUUCGUCCUAUGAUGCAAAACGUUAAAUGAUGUGAUGCAUAGCUAUAAGGUAAUAUGAUAAAUUAACCUGUGUUGAUGUUAUUUAUGUAUCAUAUUGUUAGAAAGUGGAUUUUUUUACCACCGGAAGAUAAUCUGUUUAUUUGUCACAAACAACAAGUUUGUGUAAAAUGUAGAGUAUAUUAUGUCCAAUGCACUGAUGUAAUAGAUUUUUUGUAAAUAUUAAAAUAUUUACAAGGAGCUGAACUUUUGAAAAGGAGUCAUCAUUUGUAUGAAUAAAACCACAUUUAAUGCAACAAA